CACGUAUUAACCGGCCUCAUAAUCGUCAACCAAACACUACUGGAUGUGACGUGUUCGGGUUUGUGUCUACUGGGAACAUAAUUAGCUAACUCGUUCUUUGCAUUUACAUUCAAAUAUAAACAUCAAAAUGCAUAUGCUGAGGAGAGAUAAGAAAGAAGAGGAAGAGGGUGGUGGAAAUCCGUUUCAUAACCUUGACAAAACAAGUGUGCUUCAAGAGGCAAGGACAUUCAACGAGACACCUAUCAACCCUCGGAAAUGUGGACUUAUACUUACCAAGCUGCUCUACAUGAUCAACCAGGGCGACCAAACCAUUGGAAGCACUGAAGCCACUGAGGCAUUCUUUGCUAUGACAAAGCUGUUCCAGUCAAAGGAUGCUACGCUGCGUCGACUGAUGUACAUGGGAAUUAAAGACAUGUCAAAGAUUGCUAAUGACGUCAUAAUUGUUACAAGCAGUUUGAUGAAGGACAUGACAGGCAAGGAUGAUCAGUUUCGAGGUCCAGCCAUCCGUGCUCUCUGCUCCAUUACUGAUACAACCAUGUUGCAGAGCAUUGAGCGCUACAUGAAGCAAGCCAUUGUGGACAAGUGUCACGCUGUAGCCAGUGCUGCCCUAGUGUCUUCUCUGCAUCUCAGCAAGGGCAGCCAGGAUGUGACAAAGCGCUGGGUCAACGAGGCCCAGGAGGCUGUAUCCAGUGACAACAUCAUGGUGCAGUACCAUGCCCUGGGCCUGUUGUACCACAUCAAGAAGCAUGACAAGCUGGCCGUCACAAAACUCGUGAGCAAUUUCAGCAAGCAUUCACUCAAGUCUCCAUAUGCAUACUGUUUGCUGAUCCGCAUUGCCAGCAAACUGAUUGCGGAUGAGGACGCAGGCUCAGACAGCCCAAUGUAUGAGUUCAUUGAGAACUGCCUGCGACACAAGAACGAGAUUGUCAUCUACGAGGCCGCCCAUGCCAUGGUGAACAUGAAGGGGAUCACCACGAAAGAGCUCGCGCCCGCAGUGUCUGUCCUACAGCUGUUUUGUAGCUCCCCUAAACCCACCCUUCGCUUUGCUGCUGUGAGAACUUUGAACAGGGUGGCCAUGAAGCACCCUGCUGCAGUGACAACAUGCAACCUUGACCUUGAGAACUUGAUCACGGACACCAACCGUAGCAUAGCAACCCUUGCUAUUACCACUCUUCUCAAGACCGGCAGUGAGAGCAGCGUGGACCGGCUUAUGAAGCAGAUCUCCACGUUCAUGUCCGAGAUAUCAGACGAGUUCAAGAUCGUCGUCGUGCAGGCUAUCCAGUCACUGUGCCUCAAGUACCCGCGCAAGCACAACGUCAUGAUGAACUUCCUGUCGUCAAUGCUACGAGAUGAAGGUGGAUUCGAGUACAAGAAGGCCAUCGUGGACAGCAUCAUCAUCAUCAUAGAGGACAACUCUGAGGCCAAGGAGGCCGGCCUGGCCCACUUGUGUGAGUUCAUUGAAGACUGCGAGCACACCGUGCUGGCAACCAGGAUCCUUCACCUUCUGGGCCGUGAGGGGCCUAGGACCCCAACACCGUCAAAGUACAUCCGGUUCAUCUACAACCGGGUGAUCCUGGAGAAUGCGGCUGUGCGUGCGGCGGCUGUGACUGCGAUGGCCAAGUUUGGGGCCCACUGCGAGGAGCUACUGGAGAGCUGCAUCGUGUUGCUGGAGAGAUGUGAGCUGGACUCCGAUGACGAGGUGCGAGACCGGGCCACCUUCUAUGUGCACGUGCUCAGAGAGAGGCAGAAGGCCCUCAACUCUGCCUACAUCCUCAAUGGUCUGCAGGUGUCGGUGGUUGGUCUGGAACGAGCCCUGCAUCAGUACACAUUGGAGCCCUCUGACAAACCCUUCGACAUGAAGUCAGUGCCCCUGGCCACCCAGCCUCUAACUGAGCAGAGGUCCACUGCUGGCGGAGCCAAGGAGCCAGGAGACACGGUGACCUCCAAGCCGACAGAGAAAGUGGCCUCCUCCCGCCAGGAUGUGUAUGCUGAGCAACUUGCUGGCAUCCCAGAGUUUGCUAACCUGGGACCGCUGUUCAAGUCUUCGAGCCUGCCUGUUGAGCUGACCGAGUCUGAGACAGAGUAUGUGGUCCGCUGCAUCAAGCAUACAUACUCCAGAUACAUGGUGUUCCAGUUUGACUGCACCAACACGCUGAAUGACCAGGUGUUGGAGAAGGUGACAGUCCACAUGGAGAACACCGAUGACUUCCAGGUGUUGAAGUGUGUGCCGUGCCCCAAGCUGCCGUAUGACAGCCCUGGCACCACGUACACCUUGGUACGACUCCCGGAGGAGGCUACAGCAGUGACUGGGACGUUCAGCUGCACUCUGAAGUUCAUCGUGAAGGACUGCGAUCCUAACACUGGAGAGGCAGAUGAUGAAGGAUAUGACGAUGAAUAUGUGUUGGAGGAUGUGGAGGUGUCUGUGGCUGACCAUGUGCAGAAGGUGAUGAAACCAAACUUUGGAGCCAGCUGGGAUGAGGUGGGACCAGACAAUGAAAUGGAGGAUACCUUCGCUCUGUCCACUAUGAAAACAUUGGACGAUGCAGUUAAAAACAUUAUCCAGUACCUAGGCAUGCAGCCCUGUGAGAGGAGUGACAAGGUCCCAGAAGGGAAGAGUGCCCACACGCUCUAUCUGGCAGGCGUCUACCGUGGCGGACAUGACGCCCUGGUGCAGGCAAAACUUGCCAUGGCAGACGGGGGAGUAACCAUGCAGCUCACUGUGCGCUCUACAGAUCCCAAUGUGUCUGAGGUGCUUGUUUCAGCCAUUGGGUAAAUGGUAUGAUAACAGCCACAAUGAAGGGAGGACAUAAUACGACAUAUAAGUUCUUAAAGUUAUGGACAUAAAUCUUCAAAUGUAUCGCUAUAUAAUUAUGAAUCUUAAAUAUAUUAUAGUGCACCUUAGCAGUUUAUAUGAAUUAUGUAUUUUUGGUCAAGGUCACAUAAAUUUUGUUGCUUUUUUGGAAGAUUAAAUUGCAAUAUGGCAAAAAUAUACAAGGAUAGCUGU